AUGGCAGACUCCAGGGAAAGUUGGAAGAACGAGGAUGAAGAAGAGGAGGAAGAGCUUGAUGAAGCAAGCUAUAUUGCACAGAAAGAUGCCGUCCUUUUCGCGAUCGAUGUCAGUUCGAGCAUGUUGGCUGCUCCACCUGCUUCCGAUGCCAGGAAUUCGGAAACAGACAGCCCGACAGUUGCCGCGAUUAAGUGUGCGUACCAGAUAAUGCAACAAAGAAUCAUAUCUAGCCCCAAGGAUAUGAUGGGCGUUCUAUUAUAUGGCACCGAACAGUCAAAAUUUCAUGACGAGGAUGGGACUACACGGGGAAAUAACCCAUACCCACAUUGCUAUCUUCUGAGCGACCUGAAUGUUCCUUCAGCCGAGGAUGUAAAAGCGUUGAAAGCUAUUGUGGAAGACGAGGAUGAAGCAAAUAGCUUGUUAGUGCCCACGGAUGAACAAAUAUCCAUGUCAAAUCUUCUCUUUUGUGCCAACCAGAUUUUCACCACCAGAGCGCCAAACUUUGGAUCUCGAAGGUUAUUCAUAAUCACAGACAAAGAUGAUCCUCAUAGCUCAGAUAAGCAAGCAAGAUCUCAGGCGACGGUAAGGGCCAAAGACUUGUAUGACUUGGGUGUUGUGAUUGAACUCUUUCCCAUCUCACAUCCGGAUCAUGACUUUGAUAGAUCAAAAUUCUACGAUGACAUCAUAUAUCGCGACCCUAUUGAAGGUAGUGAUCUUGCUCUCGGACCAACCACUCUGAAAUCAUCUGGAAGCGGAAUAUCACUCCUUAGUAGCCUCAUUGCAGAUAUCAAUUCAAAGCAAGUUGCAAAACGUGCUCUUUUCUCCAACUUACCGUUUGAAAUCGGACCCGGCUUUCGAAUUUCGGUAAAGGGAUACAACCUUUUACAAAAGCAAGCCCCAGCUCGAAGUUGCUAUGUCUGGCUCGAUGGGGAAAAGCCACAGAUCGCAGUAGGUACUACGUCUAGACUAGACGCGGACAGUGGCAAAGACGUGCAGAAAGCAGAAAUCAAAAAGGCAUACAAGUUUGGGGGAGCUCAAGUACUUUUCACGCCCGAAGAGCAAAAGGAAUUAAAGAGCUAUGGGUCGCCAAUUUUACGAAUUAUUGGGUUCAAGCCUCAAAAUAUGCUUCCAUUUUGGGCAUCAGUCAAAAAGUCAACGUUCAUAUAUCCUAGUGAGGACGAUUACGUGGGCUCGACCCGGGUCUUUGCCGCGCUCUGGAAGAAGCUAUUAAAAGACAAAAAGAUGGGCAUCGCCUGGUACGUUGCUCGAAACAAUGCCACGCCACUUCUUGUAGCUAUACUUCCAUCUCAGGAACGUUUCGAAGAAGGCCCCGGUAGCACCCAAGUCAUUCCUGCUGGUUUAUGGCUUUAUCCAAUCCCGUUUGCGGAUGACAUUCGAUCUCUACCAGAACUCCCAGCACCUGUCGUUGCUCCUGAUGAGCUUAUUGAUGAGAUGCGCAAGAUCGUUCAGCAAUUGCAGCUACCGAAGGCGAGAUAUGAUCCAAGCAAAUAUCCGAACCCGUCAUUACAAUGGCAUUAUAAAAUUCUCCAGGCCAUGGCGCUAGAAGAAGAUGUACCAGAGAGUCCAGACGACAAGACUAUUCCUAAAUAUCGUCAGAUCAACAAUCGUGCUGGAGAAUUCAUUAACAACUGGGGAAAAAUUCUAGCUGAGUCGACCAAGGUGUUGAAAACUAUGAAGCAUGAGUUGGAUGAUGAUGAUGUUGGACCACCUGCAAAGAAAGUCAAAGUGAAGGCACAGUCUCUUGAAGACAUGAGUGUUGACGAGGUUAAAAAAGCGGCGAGAGACAACGGCUUGACGAAGCACACUGUCACUGACCUGAAGCACUGGCUGGCGUCGAAGGGACUGUCCACUGCUGGUAAAAAGACGGAUUUACUCGAAAGGAUAGAGCAGUGGGCGGAGAACAGUUGA